AUGACACAACCCCAAAGAUGUGCCGCUAUUGUAGUGGGAGCAGGCCCUGCUGGUUUGGCAGUUGUUGGAAGUCUACUGGAAAAGCAGCUGGGUGGUAAAAUCGCCUGGGUGGAUCCAUACUUUCAAGGUGGUCGAGUCAACAGGAAAUACCGCGAAGUCCCCAGUAACACCAAAGUGUCGUUCUUCCAAGCGUAUGCCACCGCUGUGCAGCCAUUCCGAUCCGUCAUUGCCAACACCCGCAUGCCCAACCCUUUCACAACCAUGGCCAAGCUUGACCAGGAUAAAACCUGUCAUCUGCAUCACGCUGCGGAUGUGGUUUGCGCACUCACAGAAGGGAUUACAAAAAUGGAUAGUGUCCUGGCAUGCCGGGGCACAGUCACCGCUGCCAAUCUGUCCGAGCAAACAUCUAUUUGGACAGUUCGAAUUAAAUUGCAGGACUCUCAAGACGAGGUAGAUGUGAUAACACCCCGGCUUGUCCUCUGCACGGGAUCAUCCCCGACGGAAGUUACCAUUCCUAUUUCCGAACCCCACAUCGAGAGGCUUGACCUUGACCUGGUGUUGAAACCUAGUGAACUGAUCACACAUCUUCCUCACAAUAAGCCUCUGGAUAUUGCCGUGGUAGGGGCGUCUCACAGCGCAAUUCUAGCCCUACUCAACCUGGUGGAACUGGCCCGGAGCUCCCACCCUGCGCUUCGCAUAAAAUGGUUCACGCGACAUCCGCUACGUUAUGCAGAGUUCAUGGACGGCUGGAUCCUCCGUGAUAACACUGGACUCAAAGGUCUUGCUGCCGACUUCGCCCGCCAGCAACUGGAGGAUGAUAAGUUACCCCAAUCCGAGGCCGGCCGCUUCAUCAACAAGGUAGACUGCGGAGGCGGCCAGGAAGCUGCACAAUAUCAGCGGGUGUUGCCAUCUUGCUCACAUAUAGUUCAAGCCGUGGGCUUUACGCGCGACCCGCUUCCAGAACUAUCGAUCAAUGGCCGUCCAUUGGAGCUCGACUUUGACUCAGUCUCGGGCGGCUUUUACGAUGCCAAUGGCCGGAUUGUUCGGGGUCUUUAUGGCGCUGGCAUUGCAUUCCCGGAGCGAGUUGUUGAUCCAUACGGCAAUGUUGAGCAUGCCGUCGGGUUCUUCAAGUUUAUGAAAUACGUCAAGCGGGUAACUCCGCUGUGGGCAGCCUCCUAG